UUUACUUCCUGAAACAGGCUGGAUCAAUACCAUUUUAUGAAUUCCCAUUUGCCAUCAGGGCAAAUACCUACAGAGGAGAAGAACCUGUUCCUGAGCUGCACAAACCCCACGUUCCUCAGGCCACAGCAAGUCAGCUUGGUUCUGGUUUAAAAGAGCUGCAGACAAAUGAAGAGCCACAAAGCAUGGCAGGGUCCUGUUUCAGCAGCACUGAAUACAUUUCUCUACGGAUCGGGGCAAAUAUGUCAUGCUUUCAGGUGUCUGCUUUUGAGAGCACUGUCUUCUGGACUCUAACACUACUAAAGGCAGAAACACUUGUCAACAGAGAUGACCACAUCAAUCCACAACUUUACAUUUAACAGCCUGCUAUAAAAAGACCAGUUAGAAGUAGGCUUCCUUGCUUGUCACUGAUUUCUGCAUGACUAAAAGAGGAAAGAACUACUUCCUGAAAGUUAGAUGGGGGAGAAGGCUAUGAGCUGUCCUCAGUUCAGGGGACCAUUUUAAAAUCAGCAGCGAGAAGGAAGAAAGUAAAGGGGGAACAAGAAUGUCAGAAAGCCUCAUUUAUGCUGACUUGAACUUGACUGAAUCAACCCGGCCCAAACUACAGAAGGUCACAGAUGUCCAAGAUUCAACAUAUGCAGAAGUGAAAGUGCAGUCCCUAGACAGAAGCGCUGCAGUUAGCUACACGUCAUCUGGUAAAAGCUGUUGCUCCAGAACAUGCGUUGCUGUAUUGGUUGCUGUGAUAAUCCUCCUAUUGGUCUUAGCAGUGUGUCUGAUACUCAUGUAUCAUCCAACCACAAGCAGACCAGCUGACUCAAAAACCUUCUCCAUCACCUGUGAAGAUGCACAUGCACUAGGGCUGGAAUUAACUACAGAGAAUGGCAAGGAUCCCUGGUGGUAUGGUGAAAAUCAAAAGCAGAAACACAAAGGCUGCCCCAAACACUGGGAAAAAAAUGGGGGAAAAUGCUACUUCUUUUCUCAAAGGCAGAAUAAAGCCAAUUGGAAUGACUCCCGUAAAGAAUGUACUGACAUGAAGGCUGACCUGGUUAUCAUUGACAACAAGGACGAACUGAAUUUUCUCUACAAACAAUCUAGAAGUAGUUACUACUUACUUGGUCUCACAUACUCUCACAGUGAGAAGAAGUGGAAGUGGAUUAACAACACGGAACUUAGCUCAGACAUGUUUUGUAUAGGAGGAGACUUUACUGACUAUUUCUGCACUGUCAUUGGAUAUGGCAAAGUAGAAACUGCACCUUGCAGUGGAUCCUUAUCAACACAAAAUAUGUGCGAAAAAGCUGCAGAUAUUUCAGAAAGCCAGAAGGAGAGCUAAAAAAGAAGAGAUCCAAGCAGCAAUGUGAUCCCCAGCUUUCUGUAGGAAUGGCAGAUGGUAUUUGUGUCAUUUAUCUCUAGCUGUCUAAAUAUCUAGUCCAAGGGACUCUUAAAGGAUCCCUCUAGACACCCUGCCAAGCAUAGCACAUUCUUUCCCAAGAUGUGUGUCUAAGACUGGAUGGGUUCCCCUCUAGAAGGGCAUUUUCACACAUUAGGAGCCUGGGUGACUUCCUUAUACCAGAUGCCCAAGUUUCAGGCAGCCACUGUUACAUGAUAUGAGUCCAGCCUUAGGGAUAGGUGUGAUCACAGACAGAUCCUGUCUCUUAUAGACACAUGCAUAUGCACCCAUACAUUCAGAGCCCCGCUUAUGAACGAGGAGACACUUCAAAGCCUUGAUGUGCACUAGUCCUCCCUGCAGCCACAAGUGAAGGUUAGCACAUAUAUGUAUUUUGGAUCCUGAAGAAAAGUGCAACCACACUCAUUGCCAUGUGUCAUAGAUAUAAUUGACAGGACAAAGUCAAAAGUGUGUGUGUAUAAACCUUACUCUGUAAAAAACUGUCUUUGUUAAAAAACACACUGGAUACCAAACCUAAAAUGCCAAGGCUAAAAUGCGAUUCACCAGAACAUCCAGAAAUGAACCUUCACCACAGCUCUGUGCAUAAAAUCACCACCAGUCCUAUGUAGGUGAGGGAAAGUUUAUCAGAUUUAAAGCGAGCCUUGCUGGGGAAGGGCACAGGAUGAAGAGCAUUAGAAACCACCAAAGCCUGAAAAACACAAUCACAAUAAUAGCUCAAUUGGACAGAAAAUAGUCAAAUCAAAAAACAAUUAUCUGUGAAGAAGCUGGUGAGAAGUAUGAGAGUGACCUACAGAGAAUGACAAUACAUUUGGAUUAUCCUGUUUUUCUUGGAUAAUGAUCUAAGGAGAAAAUUAUGCAUGACGGUUCUUCCUGCACAGAGAAGUUAGAGCCAACAGUGGAAACGGGUGGUAUCGGUAGAGCAGAGAUGUGACCAGCAAAUGGUGAAUAUUAGCAAAGCUCUCCCACUGUGCCUCAGCAGCUCCUGGGACCCUGAGGCUUUUGUGACUCCGAGGAUUGUCACUCUUAUUGUCUCCAUGGAGGCAGAAUCAUUUCUGCUUCAAAUGGCACCAUUCAUGGCUCUCUCCAUUUGCAGGAUGGAGAAAGAUCUGCAAAUUCCUUGAUGAAGUGGCAGUGACGUCAUGCUUUCUAAUUGGGGGAAAAAAAAAGGUUUUUUGCUUAAUCAAAGAAUUUAUAAUCAGAACAUUGCAGCCAAGGGUAGUGAAAAUGGAAUCAUACAGGAAAAAUUCUCUCAUUCUGAUUUGAAAGCACAUCUUGAUGUCUCUCAGACAAGCAAUACUCCUCGCUGUCCCCAUUCACCAAUGGCCAAGUUGACAGGUAAAUUAACAGAUGGCUAAUAUUGCCAUUCUUCCAGCAUAUGAAUGGAAAACACCUUGACAUGCUACUUUCUCACAGCUUUCUUAGAUGAACAGAAUAUCAUUGAGGGGGAGUAAGGGAAAAAACCUCAUUAGAAUAAGCUUGUCAGUUGGAAAUAAUCUUGUCCAUGGCAAAUAACCAGAGGAAAUGAGAAGCAUCUCAUAGAAACUGGCUACUCAGAAAUAAUUUACCAUGGUUUUGUGUAUUCCAGAGAAGACUGUGGGCCUUCAAAAGCAGGUAUCUGUAUUAAAAUUAUGGCAAAGCUAAAGGUCUCAGGAGGAUUUAACAUCCAUAACUAGUAGAGCAAUUAUCAUUAAAUUUCAAUGACAUUCUCAAAAACAGACAGACACCAGACAAUAAGGAUGAAGAUUUUUUCUUCUUUUUCUUCUCCUUUUUCAAUUUGAAAGUCUGAAAGCAACAAUUUCAGCUGUGCUGUAAUUCCAGAUACACCGAAAGAUCUGUCUUUUGCUGAUCCACCCUGUUAGAUUGCAAAAGUAUACUCAAUUUCCAUAUUGGACAGGAGUCUGGGAUUGGAGACAAUGCCAGACCUGAAAACU